GUUUCCCAAGCUCCCGUUCAAGUCCAGGCCAGCCAUGCAGCGGGACAACCAAAGCUGCCUCCCAAAGCUACCCCGGAGGCGGCGGUCAUCCCCAGGGCCAGAGGGGAGUGGGGCGGGGGUGACACGGCUUGGCCACGCCUCAGCCCCUGCAACUCGACCCCUACUGCGACCCCCAGCUCUGACGUCUUGGAAAAUCCGCUCCCCCUGCUCAGGCCCCCAGGGGAGGGGUGCAUAGUAUGAAAUGGGGCUGAGACCCCCGGCUGGGGGCAGAAGGACCUGCCAGAGGUGAGCCAUGAACUGGGGGCUGGAAGACCGGGCAUCUGGGGGUCUGGUUUCCUGGGUCUGGGGGUCUGGGGGCCCUCACUCCUGGAUCUGAGAGGAAAGGACACUGGAGGCCAAAUUUCAGGGCCUUGGGGAAGAAGGGAGCAGAGGCCUGGACUCCUCCUUGUGAGGGAAGCAAGAGAUGGGGCUCAGACUCCAGGUUCCCUAAGUGUCACGGGCUCACCCUGUGCCCUCCCCCCCUUUUUUUUCAACCCAGUACAUUCACAACGGACAUCCAUGGACUUGUGGAACUGGGAUGAAGUAUCACCACAGGAAGUGCCUCUGGGGCACAGGACUUCAGGGCUGGAAGGAUCUGAACUCAACUUCUAUAUCCCUGAACUGGCACUCCAAGGGGACACGCCGACAGAGGACACAUGCUGGAAAGCUACAUCCUUAUUUCUUGCAGGGCUCCCACGGACAGACUGGAGCUCUACUCCGUACCCAGAAGCUCAAUGGGGGGCGGAGCCCGCCCCUCAAGCUCUUCCGUGGCCGGGAGACUGGACAGACCUGCCGUGCUCCGGCACCAUCCCUUGCAGCGGUGUUUCCCAGGCCCUGGGUCCCGCCCCUUGGAACGGCCCCGAAGGGGCUGCUGGCCAGAAUUACGCCACCUCCGCGGGAAGUGCCAACUCGUGGCCGCGCACCCAGGUCGCCUCCAGCUCCACCAGCUGGGACUAUUCUAUCGGCCCCGACAGCGCCACCUGCUGGGGCAUGAGCCUCGGCGGGGAGCCCUGCGCCGACCCAACCCUUCCUAGGGCCGGGCCUCCGGCCUCGGACUGUACCACCUCCUGGGACUCAGGGCUGCAUACGGAUUGCACCACCUCUUCCAAGGAGUACCAGAGCUCAGAUCUCACCACUUGCUCUGAACCCACCCAGCAGUCGGACCGCGCAACCUUGGCUCGUUACCCCAAAACUAACCACAGAGGUCCCAUUCAGCUGUGGCAGUUCCUCCUGGAGCUGCUCCACGACGGAGCGCGUAGAAGCUGCAUCCGCUGGACCGGCAAUAGCCGAGAGUUCCAACUGUGCGACCCCAAAGAGGUGGCGCGGCUGUGGGGCGAGCGCAAGAGGAAGCCAGGCAUGAAUUACGAGAAGCUGAGCCGAGGUCUGCGCUACUACUACCGCCGCGACAUCGUGCGCAAGAGCGGGGGGCGCAAGUACACUUACCGCUUCGGGGGCCGCGUGCCUGGUCUAGUCUAUCCCGACCUUGUGGGAGGCGGGCUAGAAGCAACGACCCAAUAAAAAUACCCAAUCAAGUCUC